AACUAUCAUAUUACCCACCCCUUCCUUCCUUCCUUCGUAGAGCAACCACAGACAGAGAGCAACGUUUCGGUGGCUUUGCAAAUGGGAAGCGAAAUCAAUCUGGGUGGACGUCCUUACGAUCUGGCCAUGUCGAAGAGAACCAGAAAGCCAUUGAAACUCGAAGAGACCGUCAGCGAUGUUUCAGUUACAGGCUUUGCCCAAAAUCAAGGCUCAGAAGCUUCUCUCGAUCAAGAGAAAGGGAUCGCCGGAGUAGAAUUGGCUAGUGACCGUCAAAGCUUGAAGCAACUCAUUAAUAGCGAGGGAGAUCCUCUGCUUGAAUCGUGUGACGAGAGACGGCGGAGGAGUUCACUCGGCCACCACUUCACUGAAGAAGAAGUAACGCAACUUCAAGUGGUCAGGGUCAGGGCGAAGCAGAGACAAGGUGGUGCCGAAGGGAUGAAACUCAAGGGAAUGGUUAGUCGUUGUGCGAAGGUUUUGAGCCAACUUAUUAAGGGACACCCACCAUCCGCAGGAGGAUCCAAGAAACAGCUAAUCCUCCGUCUUACCAACUAAGCUCUGUUCGAGCCACUUAAGGAGAACGAGUGCUGGGGGUAAUCAUGGAAUGGCCUCUAUAUUUCUAGCUAAAGCUGUCGCUUUUGUCCUUUUCAGAACUCUGCGAUGGCGGUACUCUUAUUUAUGAGAACUCGGAGGAGAGUUGCAAUUUCUGAUCCUUUUUCCUCCAGGUACCUAAGAUACUCGAAAUCUACAAUCUAGAUAUUGAGAAAGAGAGGUUUCUGUUAACGGAAGACAAAAUUAGCCAUCUUAGCAUACUAAGCAGGCUACUUUUGAAUGUAUUGCGUGGGUUACGUUCUUGCAGAUGUGUUGCUUUCUUGUCAAAUAAGCUGUUAAUCAUUUAUUUUUUGACAGGCA